AUGUUCCUGAGUGGUCCUCACAAAAAUAAGGAAGCCAAAUUGAUCCUAGCAAAUGCUGAUAAAGAUAAGGAUAUUCGUAUUGUAUGUAUUGGUGACAAAGCUAGAAAUGCCCUUCAACGUAUUCAUGGCAAGAAAUUCCUGCUAACUGGAAACGAUAUCGGCCGUGCUCCUCCAUCGUUCGGUGACGCUUCCAUUGCAGCGAAGGCAAUCCUUGAAUCCGGCUUCGAUUUUGAGGAGGGUACAAUUCUUUUCAACAGGUUCAAGACUGUGGUAUCCUAUCAAACUAGCAAAAUGGCAAUAAUGCCGCUUGAGUCUCUAAAACAGAAGCAAAAUCUGUUGACGUACGAUUCGGUAGACGACGAUGUUCUUCAAUCAUAUAGUGAAUAUUCGCUCGCUCAAUUGAUCUACUAUGCAAUGAAGGAAUCGGCCACUUCAGAACAGGCAUCCCGUAUGACGGCUAUGGACGGAGCAUCGAAGAACGCCGGAGAGAUGAUCGACAAAUUGACAUUGGCCUUCAACCGUACUCGUCAAGCUGUUAUUACUCGUGAACUGAUCGAAAUCAUCUCCGGAGCCGCUUGUGUCUAG